AUGUCCACCACCACCACCAACUCCAGCAAAACUAUUUCCAUCAAGUCCAAUGGCACUAUGGGCACCUACUCCGGUGAUACUGCCGCUGCCGAGGGACUUUGGCACUCGCAGCCCUCACUGGCGGAUUCAGCGUUCUCUCACAGAACUUGGAAUGAGAAAGAUGAAGCGCAUUCGAAUGCCAAUAAGGGCAUAUACAUCUGUGACAAGUAUCUCCGCGGCAGUGUCUUGGGUCAGGGGGCUUGGUCUGUCGUCCACAAGGUCAAGAGAGUUGCGGACGGCAAGCUUUUUGCUGGCAAGGCGUCUUGCGAUGAGCAGCUGAACCAGGAGAUUGAGAUACUUCUCAAGUUUAGCCAUAAUCACAUCUUGAAAUUUGUUGAACUCCACCAGCAAGGUGAAGCCGGAGGGGCUAAGAUCCUCAUCACCGAGCUUUGUGCAGAGGGAGACCUGGGCGAGCAUAUCUAUCACGUUCCUGGCGGCAUGGGCAAGAGAGAUAUCCUCCUCGUUAUGAGCCAAAUAGGGGAUGCGCUUGCCUUUAUUCAUGAACAGAACUAUUACCACUCGGAUGUCAAGCCACGAAACAUCCUCAUCCGCAAAUUAAACCCCAUCGAAGUUGUUCUAGCCGACUGCGCAGACUGCCAAGUCUGUGGCACCGAAAUAUAUGGCGACAAGGACAUUCGCACCCAGACUGGAACAUACAAAUUCUGGUCUCCGGAGAUGGCGAAGCACGUCCGCCACGAUGGCAAGGAUGACGAUAUUUGGGCUCUCGGAAUCACCUUGCUUAGCAUGAUGGCGCAACAGCCGGAGAUGCGAGUCACACAUAAGAGGAAGAUAUACGACGACGUGUACAAACAUACUGGAUGUUGUGGCAAACAAGCACGAGACCUCCUGGCACUUAAUCCAGAAGACGGACUUGUGAAACUUGCCGGACGGAUGCUGGUUCUUGCGUCUAAGGGGCGUAUUACGGCGGCGGAGUGCAGUCAGGAGGCCAUGAAGCUUUUGGAGCAGUUGGAUAAAGAUGGAGAGGAGUCUAAGGGCAAGGGCACAGAGGGACUGGGUAUUCAGUCGCCUGAGGGGUUCAAGCCUAUUUCUUUUUGGUGA